AUGGACACCUCUCCAACAUCAUCUCCUCCCAAGCGAAGAGGCUCCACUGGCUCCAUUCCUGCCCUUGGCCGGACAGUCAGCGGUGGAUCCGUGAAGACGGUCAAAUGGAUCGGCAAGCAAAUCAAAAACUUAAAGAAGGACGACUCCGACUCCGAUUCCGAGGAGCUAUGGGGAACAUCGAUUGAGAGGCCGUCUGACUUGGAAGAUCCCAACUGUCCACCAACUAAUCUCCCCAGCGGGUACGUCCCACUGUACAAACUCACCCACCGUGGCCGGCCUGAGGUGAUGGAGAAACACUGGCACAGUAGUAACACACUGUCAAGGGGGCCCAAGAGAGGUACUAGGAACCCGACCAAAAUCGAUCUCAAAGAACUCUAUCAACCCUUAACUGAUGCUGGGAAGGGAAGCCGUCGCCAGCAAGCGCGUCGCUCGGGCAGAAGGUCCAAGACUCCCACUGAGGAACAACCCCCCAGGCCGCGUAGUCGGAUCGAGCAGCUCAAAUCCUCGGCCAGGGAUGAUGUCACUUCCCCAGCCCCGAAAUCCACUUCCGACUCUAAGAAGAAAAAGUCUUCCAGGGAAUAUAUUCCCGGCAGCUCUUCUACUUGGUCUGGACCCCGAAUUAGCAAACCUAUCCGACGCCCCGACAUCACUCGCGUGAACGAGAUCUAUGAUCCUCCCAAGGAAGGAUCUAAAUGA